AUGCAGCAGCGGCUGGAGAUCGAGGGCUACCACGUGGAGGGCAUCUCGGUCGCCGGGCACGAGACCUGCGUCAUGUUCCCCUCCCUCAACCUCGCCUUCGACAUCGGCCGGUGCCCGCCGUUCGCCGUGUCGCAGGACUUCCUCUUCGUCUCCCACGCGCACAUGGACCACAUCGGGGGCCUCCCAAUGUACGUCGCCACGCGGGGCCGCAGGCGGAUGCGCCCGCCCACCGUCUUCGUCCCCGCCUGCCUCGCGGACCUCGUGCGGAGGCUCUUCGACCACAAGCUCGUGCCGCUCGAGGUCGGGGAGGAGUACCAGCUCCCCAAGGACCUCAGGGUCAGGGCGUUCAGGACCUACCACGUCGUACCCAGCCAGGGGUAUGUGAUAUACAAGGUGAAGCAGAAGCUCAAGGAGGAGUAUGCUGGCCUCCCUGGGAAAGAGCUCAGUAAUCUCAAAAAGUCUGGGGUUGAGAUUACGAAUGUAGAGUUAACACCUGAGAUUGCUUUCUCUGGAGAUACAAUGUCGGAUUUCAUCCUUGAUCCUGAUAAUGCAGAUGUGUUGAAGGCAAAGAUUCUUGUGGUCGAGAGUACUUUUAUUGAUGACUCCAAAUCAACUGAGGAAUCAAGAGAAAGAGGGCACAUUCACUUGUCUGAGAUAGCAAGUCUGUCUGACAAGCUUAAAAACAAAGCUAUUCUACUGAAUCACUUUUCAAAUCGUUAUACUGCUGAGGUGAGCUAA